AUGGAUACAAAGCAUUACCAGUUUCAAGUCGCAUUAGCCUGCUCCGGCUGUGUAGCAGCGGUUGAAAAAGCCUUGGCUAAACUUCAACCAGAUAUAUCAAAAUUUGACAUCUCCCUCGAGAAACAAAUCGUGGACGUUUACACUUCUCUACCAAUAGGAACAGUCCUAGACAAGCUUCAGAAAACAGGCAAAAAAGUUAGUGGCGGUACAGAGCUCGACAACUAA